CGAGCCUCCCCUCACCUAUGACGCUACAACAACUCGAAGUACCCAUCAUUGGUCUGGACACCUGCAGGUGCCUGUACAAAAGGAACCCAGAUCCCGAGGAGUCCCACACCCUUCACAAUGACAUGAUGUGUGCCGGCUUUGUAGAAGGCAAGAAGGAUGCCUGUCAGGGUGAUUCCGGAGGCCCCCUUUCCUGCCUCGUGGACAACGCCUGGCUCCUGGCUGGCGUCGUGAGCUGGGGAUCCAGCUGUGGGGCUGCCAACAGACCCGGCGUUUACAUCCGGCUUCCUUUCUAUUCCGACUGGAUUAAGGAAAAAGUUCCAGAAGUUCAGCUUCAGCAAGUGACAGUCCCUAUAAAGUCGGCCCCGGAAGGGCCCCUGUGCUCCAAUUCAGGAACGGGAGACCCCUAUGAUGACAUCCAACCCUCACCUGGCUGGAACCGGCCUCUCAAACCAAGCAAGGACUCUCCCAGCAGUUCUGUUUCCCUAGCCUGUGGGGUUGGUCUGCCACUUCUCCUCCUCCUCCUCCAGACCUUCCUGUGGUAACUUUCCACUCCCACCGCUAGAUGCGCAGGGAACGUGGUUGUCUUCCUGUUCUUAUCCUCCUGGCAAUGGUCUCCCUAUUUCAUAGCCUGCUGUGCUUCAAGCUUUCUCUUUGCACGCUGGACGCAGAGAAGGCAGCAUGAUUUGAUUAGGAUGUGGUUCUUUUCCUCCGCCUCUCAGGUGGUCAUUGAGUGUGUAAAUCUACCUGCGGUCUUGGCCUAGCAUAUGGCUUUUUAAAAAGUUCACUCACCUCACUCCUAUUGAUGGCUUUUACUCAGAGGAUUUAAUUCAUAAUUUUUUGGGAGUGUCUUAUUUUUUUGCCCCUUUCCCAUUUCCCCGAGACUUGCUUGGCCUUUAAAAAAAAAUCAUAGCUGGAUACAAAUCUGUAAUAAACCUGUAAUUUUUUUGUUGUUGCUGUGGACAUAAUUUCAUAAGUCAGUGGGAGCCUAGUCUCCUUUUUAGGCAAAUUCCUGAACUGCAUUUGGAUAUGACUAACCUCUCUGUUGAGUAGUUGGCGCCCUUCUCCGAUUGCAUUCCUCCAUUGCAUUCCUCGCAUACGUUUUGAAACGUGAUCGGUUUUCAAGGUAGCUUCCUCUCUGUCCAGUCCCUCCUUUCCUGCUCAUAAUGUGAAUUCUCUUGUAGCCUUCCUAACAGUUGCUGUGAAGACAAGGUCCUCCACAAUAGUUGGACGUUAUUCAAGGACCAAGGUUGAGCCCUUUGAAAGGAAUCGGUCAGCUGAAUCCUUUUUCUUCCUUGGGAUUUGAGUUCGCUGUCUGAUGUCUUGCCAGCUGUUUUGCCACCUCUUUCUCAUGGUGGUUGCUUAGCUCCAACAACUGCUUCCUAUUGGGGCCCCAAGGAGCCCGAGUGGGCAGGCAAGGAGUGGUUGGGAGGGGAGGGGCUGGCAAGGUACCCUUUGACGCAAAUGACAUUAAGUUGGCCACGCCCACCCAGUCAUUAGGCAGAUGAUAGUGGUCCACGGGACUUAAAAUUAUGAAUUCAGUGGUUCCCUGAGGUCCGAAAGAUUGGUGACCCCUAUUCUAUAGGACCACUUCCUCCCAUGUUUGGUUUACUUGACCCUCAUUUCUUCUGGGCUCCCUAUAUGAUUUUAUUUACCCACACUUCCUUCUGGCUCACAGACUGAAUAAAAGGAAGCUCGGCAGACGUCCUGGGGACUUUGAAACCAACUUGUUGCCUUUGAGCUGGGUAAUUAGGCUCACCUCUGUGUGCUGCUAGCCUUUGCCUGAUUUAAGCUGGAAUUUUGAGGGGUGGAAAUGCAGCCGCUGGAUGUUUCUGUGUAAUUUAUGAAUCCCUCCAAGGUGGGAUGAGGGCAGAGAUUCUGGGAUGUUCUUAUGUGUGUGUGGACACCUCAGUUCAGAGGUACUAUCAGUUUUUGUUGUGUGUCACCAAAUGUCAGCCUGACAGAUUUGGAAGAGCACGGACCCCAAUGUGAAGGAGAUGAAGAGGGCACCUUAUUUCCAAGUAUGCUUGGACAGAAAUAACUGCCAGCAUGGACGCAGAAUUAAAAGGAGUGGGACUGAUAAUGAUCGAAAUUCAAUGAUGAUCGUAAUUGCCCUCUUUGGGGGGAAAAGAGGAUUGCAACUGUAUUUAGAUAAUUUAUGUUUGCCCAUACUUUAAAAAAAAUAAAUCUUAAUGUACGGAUCAUCUUUUAAGGAUUGAAAUCAUUUGCUGUUUUUGAAAUGGUUUUAAAUAAACAGUAAUUCUACACUUA